AAGUCAGUUGCAACUACUUGACCUCUCUUCAAAUCAUCUAGAUGGAGAGAUCCCAAAGAGUUUGGGAAAGUUGGCCUUAUUGUUCAGUAUUUCUCUGUGUGAUAACAAACUUUCAGGCAACAUUCCAGUAGAAUUUGGUAGGCUAUCUAAUUUGGAAGAUCUAAACUUGGCGGCAAACAAUCUAAGUGGAUCAGUUCCAAUGCAACUAGGGAAGCUUGUGAAACUAUUGAACUUGAAUUUGAGCAAAAAUCUACUCAGGGAGGAUAUUCCAUAUGAAAUAGGGAAAUUACAGUUUCUUCAGAGUCUUGACCUUGGAAACAAUUUGUUGAAAGGUCAGAUUCCACAACAGAUUGGGGAAUUGCAAAGCUUAGAGACAUUAAAUCUAUCCCACAAUAAGCUGUCUGGUUCCAUUCCAUCCUCUUUUAAUGGGAGAUCAAGUUUGACAUUUGUUGAUAUAUCUUAUAAUCACUUGGAGGGUCCUUUGCCCAACACCAAAGCCUUUCAAGAUGCUCCAUUUGAGGCAUAUGUAGGUAAUGAUGGUUUGUGUGGAAAUAAGACUGGUUUGAUGCUAUGCUCACAAAAAAUAAGCAAUGGGUCUAAAGAGAAAAAAACAAAACAAAGUUUUGCUUAUGGUCUUAGUUCCUGUUUUAGGAUUUUUAUUUUUUGUGGUUGUUGGGAGUUUUCUAGUUCUUCAAAAAAGAGUGGGAAACAAACAAAAUGAGCCUAAAAGAGAAAAUAUUGAAAAUUUGUUUGCAAUAUGGAGCUAUGAUGGAAAAAUGGUGUACGAAAACAUCAUUGAAGCAACAGAAGACUUUAAUGCCAGACAUUGCAUCGGUGUGGGAGGAUAUGGCACUGUUUAUAAAGCCAAGUUGCCAAGUGGGCAGGUUGUUGCUGUAAAGAAACUUCACUCUUCACAAGAUAGUGAGUCGGAAAACCUAAGGAGUUUUACAAGUGAGAUUCGUGCAUUGGCAGAGAUACGGCAUUGUAAUAUCAUAAAGCUUUAUGGUUUUUGUUCGCAUCGACGACACUCAUUCCUAGUUUACGAGUUCAUGGAAGGGGGGAGUUUGGGAAAGAUAUUGAGCAAUGAGAAAGAAGCAUU